GUAUAUUACUUAUUUGCUUAAUAUACUAAUACUAUGUUAGUGAUGCUUCAUUUGGCCAUUUGGUAAAUCCUUUUUUUUUUUUACUUUUUCUUUUAAUUAUUUUUUAUGCAGAUGGGAAAUGUAUCCGUAUGUAUGGUGAUAGUUUCUAAUAGAUAAUGGAAAACCAUUUUUCCUGCGCGAAAUGAUUAAUGGGUAGAAUGAAAAUUGGGUUCUAUUACUUAAUACUAGUCUUUCAUUUGUCUAGUGAUAUUACAUAUAGAUUAUUUAAAAAAAAUUAAAAUGAUUUCGAGUUCUUAUGUUAUUCUUUGUGUGGCCGUAUGACUUUUUUAAACAAUAGAUAAGUCAACUAUUUUGCCAUAUGCUAAUGCAAAAGGAGAAUACUUUUACGGUUGUUAAUCGAACCGUGAGACGAUUUGACAGACUUGACUAAAUUGUUAACAGUUCUCAAUUAUCAACGCUAGUGAGUUUUUCCCGAUACAAAAUUGGGUAUUGUACAAUUUUUUUUUUCUUUUUUCAAAAAAAUUAUAUUGGCCUUUUCUAAAAGAAAAAUGAUUGUGGGGUUCUUAAUUUUAUUACUACUACAUUUCAGUAACUUCAGUGUUGAAGACAUUUAUGGACAAAGGUAUUGUGACCAUUUGGUUUAGACAAAUUAGAUUUAAGUUUGAUUUUGAUAUAGUAUGUGCAAUUUGGAUUACAACUAAAAGCCGAUAUUAGGAAAUAGGAAUACUCUAUACUCUAAGAGAAGGGCAAUAUGGUCAUUAAGAGAAGGACGCUUUGAUUGUGUCGGUGACAUGUAGCACACGUCCUCUCCACUCUGCAUUCAUUGGUUGGUGGGGUUUGUUUUGCGUAAAUUAUUUGUAUGAUCAUUAUUGGAGCCGGAUGUCAUGUGACUUGCCAUGUGAUACGAUAAUGAACAUUGAAAACAGAGGUUGUAAUGUCACUCUUUGUAGCAGCAUCCCACAUGACUCUUCCUCCUACAUCAUUUACCUCUCUACUAUAUGAAGACAUUGUGCAGUUGGAAUGGUUAUCCACUUUUGUGGAGGACUCUUUCUCCGGUAGGAGCCUUACCAUGAAGAAGGUGGAGCUCCCCACCACCACCACCACAAUCAAGGAGGAUUUGACUCGUUCACAAUUCCGGACAUCAAGUCCAGUUUCUGUCCUAGAGAGCAGCAGCUCUUGCUCCAGGGAGAAGGUUGUGGCUCAAUGCCCGGAGAUUUAUAUCCCAGUGGUGCCUUGUGGACGUGCGCGAAGCAAGCGGCAGCGCCCGUCGAGCUUCAAGGCACAUCCGGUGAUGCAACUCAUCUCCCCUGCUUCCUCUGUUGGUGAGAACACACAGCCUAAUGUCAUUCUUAAGGCUUCUUCAGAUUCUGAGAAUUUCGCGGAGUCUCAUCCUGGAAUCAAGUUAGCAAAGCAAGCUUCUGGAGAGCACAAGAAGAAAAAGAAAACCAAAGCACCUAAUCCUUUAACUGAAGAUGAUGAUCAUGAUACUAACCAGAAUAGUGCGGCAGCUAGGAAAUGCAUGCACUGUGAGAUAACCAAGACACCACAGUGGAGGGCAGGGCCAAUGGGGCCAAAAACACUCUGCAAUGCCUGUGGUGUUCGCUACAAGUCGGGCCGCCUCUUCCCCGAAUACCGGCCUGCUGCCAGUCCAACGUUCUGCCCUGCCGUGCACUCCAAUUCACACAAGAAGGUCCUUGAAAUGAGAAACAAAUUUGGCUUCUCAACUGAUUCAGAUGCUUCUCCUGAACUCAUUCCAAACACUUCAAGACUUGGAUUGGAAUACAUGUGAUAGGGGCCAAUGAUUCUAGUUGGACAAUUUCUAUCUCAAUAUAUCUUUAUUUAGAAUCAUGAUUUCAGUUAUUUUCUUAUUAGUAUUAUUUCUUAGUUAAUUGGAUUUUUGUACAGUGCUGGAAUGGGGGGUUUAUAGGAGCCAUAGUUGAUGAUGAUGAUGAUGAUAAUCAUAAUUUAGCUAUUAGAAGAGGAUUAAUAUGAGAACUGAAGAAAAAGGGUAGAGUAUUUGCAAGUCAGAAAGGUUAGAGUUUUUAGUCUAGCAGUUGUAGUAAUCAAUAGGCAUUGGAAUCCCCCAGUUGUAGCGUUAUACUUUUAUUCAUUUCAUUUUUGUUUUUGGUUUCUGUUUCUAAUAUAUCUCUUCUACCAAUUAUUUCUGA